ACUAAUUUAGUACCAACAACGAAAACACAACCCUCAUCCAGUCAUCCUCGCGCGGCGCCAACAACGAAAACAUAGCUCCUCCUCCUCGCGCAACCAUCCAACCCACCCCGUCGCCUGCAAAAGAAAGAAGGGAGCGCCUACAAUGUCCUCUUGCAAGUAAGAAAGAAGGGAGAAGUACAAGUAGUCCGUGCUGUGGAGCAAUAUAGUUCUGCUGUUUCAUUUUAAUUAUUUUGUGGGACAAACAACAAUGGUGGUUGCCUCAGGUGGAAGCUCUUUCGCCAAAGAGGUCGUUAUUCGCAAGAGGAUUAUCAGUAUAUUUAAUAAGAGAGAAGAGGAUUUUCCAUCCUUGAAGGAGUACAAUGAUUACCUAGAGGAAGUGGAGGAUAUGACGUGCAACUUGAUUGAAGGAAUAGAUGUUCCUGCCAUUGAAGCCAAAAUUGCCAAAUAUGAGCAAGAAAAUGCUGAACAGAUAAUAAAUGCCCGAGCUCGCAAGGCAUGUAAGAGAUUACAAAUAUUUUUACGGUUUAAUGCAGAGGAGCUAGCUGCUGCUUUGGCAGCCAUCAAGGGACCUGCGCAGGGAGAUGCUGAAGUGGGAACAGAACAGAGCUCACAAGCAGGUGUGUCUACCACAACCCAAGGGAAAUAUGCACCUGCAGUUGCCGGAGGGGCUUUUAUGCAACCAAGACCGACGGGAAUGGCCCCACAACCACUACCACUUGGGGGUCCCGACAUGCAUCUUGAUGAUGAAGAAAUGAUGAGGCUUCGAGCUCAAAAAGGUAGCCGUGCAGGAGGAUGGACUCCGGAAUUUGGAAAGAAGAGGGCACUCGAGGAAGCUUUUGGGAGCCUUUGGCUGUGAGUCCUUCAGGAAAUUGGCAUAUGCAUCUUAUCUUCCAUGUAUUUGGAUCAUCCAAAUGAGGAGUUUCGAAGUUCUAUCUCUAAUAUGACAGUUUGAUAGUCGGCUAGGAUCUUUUAGACGAACAAAAUGGAUUAGAAAGAUGGAAAGUUCAUGUAAUAUAAACGAGAAUAUAAAAUGGUCUCACUGAUCAUUUGGCCAUUUAUUGUCACUAUCUUGUAACGAAGAAUGAGGUAAAUAAUGACUUUUGGACAAGUAGAUUUUGAUUCUUGAUUUAAA